AAUAAGAAUGUCAAAUUUCUACAAAUAGUUAACCAACAUCAUGAGAAAUAGAUCAUACAAUAAAACCACAAGACUGCUAAUUAAUGAUUUAAGUGACGAAUUAGUAAAUGAGCGAACAUAGUUUUAAAAGAAUAUCCAUAAGCAAAAAUAUAUAUGGCAAUAUUACUGUAAUAUACCAUUGAUUGACAUUUAAAGUUUCAAAGGUUUAACAAUAAAAUCAAUUUAAGCAUUGAUAAAUUUCAUAUACUUUUUUGUCUUUUCUUUGAUUAUUAUCUUUUAAGUUCAAAGCAGUUUAAUUUAGGUCACAAACAAUUUUAUUAAAUGCUUUUGGAUAGUAGAAGUUAUAACAAAUUUAAACAGUAAAAUCUAUUUAAAGUCUUCAACUAUCACUGAUAGAUUUUCUAUUUUUUAAUAUUACUUAAAGACGAAAUUACUUUGCGAUAUAAUUCCUUUCACUAUAUCGUUCUUAUAUUACCAAGAUAGCUCACUAUUUGGUUAUUUAUAAGUUAUCCAGUACAUUAAAGUGCAUAAUUUUAUUAUUGAUAUUAGAAUCAUUUAUUUUUAGCUUUAUAUGAGAGUAAAAUAAUUUUAUUUUGUGCAACUUGUUAGCCUUACGCUGAAGUUGUUUCUAAUAGCACAUGUGAUUGCUUGCUUUUGGUAUUUAUUAGGUUUAGUUGAAAUAAGGUACUUAGGGUUAGAUAAAACAUGGUUUAGUGACAGCAUAGGAGAAGAUUUAACUUGGUGGAAACUAUAUCUUGCUUCUAUGUAUUGGACUUUAACUUUAAUGAUUACAGGGUCUAACAUAAGCUUAACCGUGUUAUAAACCUUUUAUACUACUUUUAUUAUGCUAUUUACUUGCAUUGUUUUUGGAUAUAUAUUGAGCGUAAUCGGUCUCAUUUUAGCUGAGAUAGAAAAAAAACAAGAAAAUUAAAAUAAAGACAUUCGCACAAUAAAUGAAUAUAUGAAUCAAAAGAAUAUAUCAAAUAAUUUAAAAGCCAGUGUGAAUUAGAACUUACUUCAUUAUCACUAAAAGAACUUCUAAUAGUAAUAGAUUGAAAACAAUGAAGUAUUAUGCAAAAUAUCAAGCGAAUUAAAAGAUUAGCUACUUAAAGAAUAUAAUAUGAGGAUUCUAGAAAGAAUACCAAUUUUAUAUAAAAAUUUUAGCUAAUAAACAUUAAAUGAAAUAUCUUUAUGUUUAAAGGAAGAGUAUUUCUUCCCAAAUUCAAUAAUAUAAUUUGAAAACGAUAUUUAGAAUCAAUCUUUGAUGAUUAUAAUUGAAGGAUAAGUUGAAGUUAAUUCAUAUCCUAGUUUCCCAAAUAAAUAACAAGCUGGAGUUACUUUGCUAAACUCAGGAGAUGUAUUUGGACAUUUAAGUUUUUUAACUGGAUUAGCUUCAUAAAUAAAAACUAAAUCCACAGAUUUUACAAAGAUUAUGAGGUUAGAUAGAUCAGACUUGUUAAAUAUUUUAAAGAAAAAUGAUGCUGAGUAUCAAAAGUUUUGUGAGAUUAAAGAUAAAAUACUUUUAUAUAGUAGAUAUAGUGAGGGUGGUUUGAAAUGCUAAUUAUGUGAAAGUAGUACACAUCUUAUUUACAAUUGUAGUCAUAUAAAUUUAAAUAAAAAUGGAAUGCUUACCAAAUUACGAAUCUUUGAGUAAGAAAAUUAGAAUAGGAAAUAAUUUAAAAGAAAAUCUCAAUACAAUUAAACCCCUUUAGCUCUUAUUAAAUACUAAAAAGGAAUAAUAAAAAAUUUGUAGUUUUAAUUAGAGUGUGAAAGUUUUUUCUCACAUUAAUCAUAAUCAGAAAAUUCUUCAUCAGAAAGCUCAUAAAAUGAAUAGUAAGAUGAAAUAGUUAGUUUUAAAUAAUACAAUUAAAAAAGGUAAAGUGAGGUUUUUAAAAUGGAAUCUGAUCUUAAUACAGUAUAGUUAUUUGAUAGAAUUAACAAUAACUUUCGAUAUAGUGCUUAACUUACAAAAUUAGAUAGCCGUGAAAAUGAGGAAAUUUUAAUGCUUGAUUCAAAAAAAAUUUAGAAGGUGGAUUCUUAAAAUGAAAAUUAAGGUUCAAAUUUGAAUAACUAAAUUAAUAUUAGCUAAAGUAGUAACGGAGCUUGCAUAAGUAAUCUUAAUGUUUAAAUCAAUAGUCCAGAAGUUGAGUAGAAAAACGCUAUUUAAACUAACAAAAUCAAUUCAUACUUAAGUAAUUUUCUUCCACGAAGAUAAAGCAUAGCUAAAAAAAUACCUGAAUGUAAUGAAUCUAAAACAAAUUAUUCUAAUUAGAUAUCACUUGAAAAAAGAAGGUAAGGAAUAAAUGAUUUCUUUUUAAAGAUAUUCGAAAAGGGUUAGCUUUAUUAGUAAACUAUAGCUAUGAAUGCAAUAAAAAAUAAUGACACAUUAUAAUAAUCAUUAGAAUAUAACGAGUGGUUAUUUGACUCACUAAGAGAUUUUGAGUUUUAUUUUAAUUACAAUAAUUCAAAAUACAUUUUAAAUAAACUCUCUAAAGUUAAAAUAAAGAAAAUAAAGCAAUAAAAAAAAGUGAAAGCAGAUUUAAAAGAAAAAAUUAAAUGA